AUGGACCUAUCCUUCCGCCCAAUAUCCCAUCCACACAGCCGCGACCGUGAAGGGGGUUUUCCAUUAGAUGGAAAAGAUCUGAAUUCCGUCUCGGAUGAGGCUCUGGCAGCCCUUCUCACAUCUGCGCCUAUUCUUCAUCAGCGAGGCGGAACGACAGUUGUGCGACUUUCAAACACUUUGGUCAUGAAGGGUGGCGGGAAUGUCCUGCCUGGUGAAGCGGAAAUGCUCCGUCUUCUUACCUCCAGAACCGCCAUUCGCACCCCACGAGUCUAUCGGUCCUUUCAGGUCAAAGACGAUACACAAUAUUUUGGUACAACGGGGUUUAUUGUGAUGGAUUUCAUCCCAGGCCAGCCGCUGGACGAGUGCUGGGAUUGCCUGUCCCGUGACACGCGAGGGAAUAUCGCUGUGCAAGUCGCUGAAAUGAUCCAAGAGAUGCAGUCCUUAGAGCUUUCACCACCUGGCCCUAUCGGUGGCGGGCCAUGUCGGGGUCGUUUCUUCACAGAUUAUAGUGCUGGGCCUUUUAUGGACAGUGCCGACAUGGAAGCUUGGUUUAACCACAAGCUAGAUAUCUGUAAGAGCAUCGGUCAAGCCCCGAAAGACAUUCCGCCACUCCAUUUUACCAAGUUUGUCCUUACACACCACAACAUCAGUCCGCACAAUCUAAUCUUAGAUCAACAUGGUCAUGUGUGGUUGAUUGACUGGGCAUAUUCUGGUGCAUAUCCUCCUGUUUUUGAAAGUGCGACCUUGUCAAUACAACCGUCUUUCAUUGAUUUCAAUGAAGCGGUGCUAUCCCGUAUUCCACGUUACCCUGAGGAAGAAAGGCAACUCAAUUCUAUUGCAUACGGGUUAACUACAGCGGCGUUCGCUUAA